CCGCGCAUCCGGGUAACUUAACUGACAAACUCGUGACAUAAAUGCAAACCCUCUAUGUUGUGUUAUAUACCAACAUUCAUACAUUUUAUUUUUUGGGGCUAAAGAAAAUGAAUUAGGAGGAUAUAAAGAAUCAGAAUAAUGCAGUACCCAUUCAAAGAUGUAGACUUCAAUGCUAAUUGUUAACCAAAGGCUGUUAUAAAAGUGAGAAGCAGAUCUUCAUGUGCAGACCUACAGAAGCAGUUUGAUCAUUACCGAAGAACUAAACCAGGUGACUUCCCAGGAUGCCUCUGCGUUGUCGUGCCAGCCACAUGUUUCUGCUCUUAUGUGCUCUUUCCUUGUGUGUUGAGUCUGUAAGAUGUGGCACCAGCUUCCUUAGUCCUGCUCGGAAACCACAGACUGGCACAUCCGAUGUUAAGGAUCGAAGACCACCACGGGUGGGCGGAAGAGACGUUGCUGAGCCAGAGAUCCCAGUGAUUAAACAGGAUGAUCUGUUAAUGAUGAGUGCUCCAUUCGAACUGUCUGUGUCUCUGAAUGAAGCUGAGUAUCAGAAAUAUGGUCCUGUGCUGCAGAAGGUUCUGGUGAAUCUUCUUAGUGAUUCCCCACUUGAAUUCUGACAAGAGCUACCAGUUCUACAAGACUCAACUCCUUAUAAAACAUUUAAAAUGUUUGUAAAUUAAAAAUUAUGUAUUCAUUUUGCAACACCAUGAUUUGACAGAAUAAAGGAUGACAGAGAAACCA